UCGCGACUUGGCUUCACAUCACGCAAGAACUUCACCGUGUCGAAUAAAUCCUGACAGGAAAAAAAAAAACACUCAGAGAUAUUUCCACGUUACAGAAAGCCGGGUUUGUCCGUGAGAGUGGGAUGCCGUCCGUGAGAUGAUGUUUCUCUGUGGGGGGAUUGCGCUUUAGAAGCUCCACAAUCCAGAAGGAUGCUGGUGGGAAAUGCCUGUCGACAGAGAGGACGAGAUUUGUCAAAAAGCACUAGAACUCUUAUCGGAUCUUUGUUCUAAAGGGGAGGUUCAGAACGAAAACUGUUUGGAUUUCAUUUAUUAUUUCCGAGACCUUGCCAGGCCGAGGAAUUCGGACUCAGAUAUAUCCAUUAGCCUGCUGUCAUUGGUGGUGACUGCUUGUGGCUUGGCCCUGUUUGGCGUCUCUCUCUUCGUUUCAUGGAAAUUGUGCUGGAUUCCAUGGCGCGAGCGAGGCCUCUCUCCAGGCACCAAGGAGGGACAUCCAGACCCCCCUCAUCCUCCUCCUCCUCCUCCACCCCUUCAACCCCAGUCCAUCUAUACUGAGGUGGACGCCACCCUCGACCGCCGGAAUAAUGCCAGAAGUUCAGUGGUAAAAGAGACUACGGUGCCGCCCACUCCGGUCUCUCCAGCAGUUCCGGGAUCUCCUCCUGCAGUGCCAGUGCCUGAGGCAGCCCUCAAAAUAAGCCACACAUCACCUGAUAUUCCGUUGGAGGUUGAGUCUAAGACUCAAGAGAAUGGUGUCCAUGGCAACACACGCAUGCAGAGGCAAAUCACAGAUCCCUCCUCGACCUGUGUCAGGCAAAGUUCAAUUCGGCGUCAGAUGAACCAGUCGAACCCUGACUUCACAGUAACCCAGUUUCAGAGGCAGGACUCUCUGACUGGCAUGAGUCUGGGCCAGCUAAAACCAGAACUCUACAAACAACGAUCCCUAGAUGGCGAGGACAACCGAAGCAGUCGUGUGGGUAGCUGUGGACGCCUCCACUUUAUUCUUAAAUAUGACUGUGACCUGGAACAGCUCAUUGUCAAGAUCCACCGAGCUCAAGACCUCACUGCCAAGGACUUUUCUGGAACCUCUGACCCAUAUGUAAAAAUAUACCUUCUCCCAGACCGCAAAACCAAGCACCAGACCAAGGUGCAUCGUAAGACUUUAAACCCUGUGUUUGAUGAGGUCUUCCUGUUCCCUGUGGCGUAUGCGGACCUGCCCACAAGGAAGCUGCACUUCAGCGUCUACGAUUUUGAUCGUUUUUCAAGCCACGAUAUUAUUGGGCAGGUGGUGGUUGACAAUUUUCUGGAUCUAGUGGACUUUCCCAGGGAGACGAAACUCUGCAGGGAUAUCCAGUAUGUGUCUUCGGACAAUGUGGAUCUGGGGGAUUUGAUGUUUUCUCUAUGCUACCUACCUACUGCUGGACGACUGACCAUCACCAUGAUUAAAGCACGAAAUCUGAAGGCCAUGGACAUCACUGGAGCUUCAGAUCCUUAUGUGAAAGUUUCUCUGAUGUGUGAUGGACGGAGACUGAAAAAAAGAAAAACCUCCACCAAGAGGAACACAUUAAACCCAGUGUACAAUGAGGCCAUAGUGUUUGAUGUCCCUCCAGAGAACAUUGACCAAAUCAGCCUUCUUGUAGCUGUUAUGGACUAUGACCGUGUAGGUCACAAUGAGGUCAUUGGCGUGUGCCGAGUAGGUAAUGAUGCUGAGGGUUUGGGCAGAGAACAUUGGAAUGAAAUGUUGACGUAUCCACGCAAACCCAUCGCACAUUGGCACCCUCUCAUCGAGUAUCACAGUACUGGAGGGGGAAGUCAGGGAGGUUCCUGCAAUUCCCUGAAAGCCCCUCCUUCACCAUAGCCUGAGGUCUAAGGUCUCAUCUUUAGAGCAACAAUAGAAGAGAAUUCAUGCACAAGAUGUUCUGUCCUGGGAUCCAGAGGCCCAAGAUCAGAGAGCUCCAGUUGGCUGUUCCUGACAACAGAGGGAAUGGCAUGCCAUUUUCUUCAACCUGUGCAUCUAGAAGCACUUCCACUGCAUGGGAAUACUUGAUUGUUUCAGCUGCAUGUUGAGUGGUCACAUACUGUAUGGUAAUUUAGUGCUACUCAUGGUGAAUUGGAAAAUAAAAUUUAGUGGAAAAAAGUGGAAAAGAGUAUUUUUAUGUUGUUCUCAAAGUUUCGAUUUCAAGUAAAUGUUUUCUAAAUCAGUCUCGAUAUGUGUCUUUAAAUGGAGUGUCAGUGUGUCACUCGAUGCUCUUGAGGAUAGAAUGUCAAUUUCCCUUUUUUAUUUAUACCCUCCCACAGCGCAUGAGUGUGUUUUGGUGUGGUAAAGUUCAAGAUGUUCUCUGUUUCUUGUUUGAAAUGCUCUGUGGAUUUUAUCAUAAAGCGUCAUGGUGGUUAAUUGUUUACAGACUUUGCAAGUAAAAUGUUAUUUCUCAUGUUAUUAAACAUCUAUUUCUUACAAAACUAAUCUGGUUUAAAUGAAAUGUUUCUCAAUUAUUUAAACCACU